UGAUGGAGUUGACUGAUGGGGCUUGAGGGAAGGGAAAAGAACCCCCAAAGGCUUGGAACACCCCAGCUGUGGGGUCUUUGCCAGCAGACUCAUCCCUCCCACCUCAGCCUUGCCUUUGGAGGGAUUGAAGUUCGCAUCUGCUCCUGGCUGGGGUCUGGAAUGGAGUUUGGGUGCCCUGGGGCAGGGAGCUGAAUUAGGAGAGCCCUGCCCUGCGGGCCCAUUCCGGUGCCCUGAUUUCCAACCCAGGGAUGGAUGAGUCCAUCCUGUCCAUGUUAGGUCAGGGAGGCCGUGUGGGAGGGGGCCACACCAUUGCAGCAGCCUGAGAUUAUCACCCUCUCAACCUCUGUCCCUGCCCCAGAGACCCUGGGAUGAGGGCUCUUAUCAGUUAGGGUCAUGGUCCUUCAGAGAAGGACAAAAGGACCUCGAAGGGCUGAGUGGAGGAUAGUAGCUGGGGUGGAAGUGAGGGAGAUGGUGGGAGGUGCCCAUAAUUUUGGAGAUGAAAUUCCAGACACAUGAUCUGAUAAAUGAAAUUGAGAUUUUUCUUCCCCCAGAAAAUAUCGGGCAUGAUGUCAUAUCCCUUCAGGUUAAAGGCUGAUGGGUGAUUGAAGUUAGAUUGUCAGGCCAGGCCCGGUGGUGCAGGGGCCUCUAAGAAGGAGGUGAGUAAAGGUGGUGCCCAGCAGCAGGGGGUUUGGUCCCCUUGACCUUUCAAGCUUUCUCCCUUCCUUCUCAUUACAUCCUGUUUUCCUCUCAAGUUCAGAGCAGUGGGACAGGUGACUCAGAUGUUCCCUCCGAGUAUGACUGCAGAGGCCUGGGUAGGAUUUUGGUCCAGGAAAAAGCCUGGCUCCUCCCCUUCUGUCUGGCCCCUGGCGCCCAUCUUCUAAGGGAGUGCCCUCCCCCAGGGACUGCUCCUGCAUCACUCUGCCUCGGAAACUCCUGUUGCUCAGCGACCAGUCCCUGCUGCCUCUCGAGCCUUGCCAGCGGGGGGUGGGGCAGAGUGGGAGCAGGGGGGAGUGUCCAAGCAGGCCAGGUGGGGCUGCAGCACCCACAGGUGCAAGCCCCUGACUCAGCUCUGUUCUCACACUUGAACUGGUUGGUGGUAGAACAAUGUCUCUCCUGGGAUUCAGGCAACUUUCCCUGUCCCCUGUCCCAUUCCUUCCUGCGCUCUGAACCAGCUUCCCCAAUCCACGACCUCGACCCCAUCACCUGGCCCUACCCUUCCUGGGCCCAUUCCCGGUCCCUUAUUCCCAGGCUUCCUUUCCAAGUUUCUGACACUUCUUUCCCAUGAAGAUGAGUGAAGCUUAGAAGAAAUCACUAAUUUAAAAGCCCUUUAAAAACCUGAGGCUCCAUACUUGCUAACGAUCUUGACCUUGACUUCCAUGCCCUUGGCCGGGAACAUCUUCCCUCAUGGACUCCCAUCUCGGGGUGUGUUUGCUCUGCUCUUGGCGUGGAUGGGAGGGCCCCAGUGUGGAGAGUGGCCUAGGGUGUGAGGAGAUACCCUGUGUUUGGCCCACAUUUCCUGGGUCAUUUUCCAGGGCAGCUGGUUUCUCUUCAAUCCUGUUGUCCCAUCAGAUUGAGUGCUGGUUUUUGGUUGGGAAAAUAAAGCUUCUGAAACUGAAGAUGUGUGUGCCACAAUGAAUUCAAUGUGCCCCCUUCUCCUCUGUUUGGAAACAAGGAAGGCAAGAUUGGCAGAGGGGUUUAUCCCCAGCUCCAUCCCAGGAGGCUCUGACUUGGGCCUUCUCAGGUCCCUGCCCUUCUCAUUGGCUCUUUCCCUCCCCUGGUUUCCUGGGGACCAGAGCAGGGGAAUAAAGGCAAGGAGUGGUGGGAGGGAGCCUGUUUCUGCUGUGUGGGUUGUCUGCUGGCUCCUUCCCUGAGCCAGACACUGAUGGAGACACCUCUUGAGAAGGCCCUGACCACUAUGGUCACCACCUUCCAUAAAUAUUCAGGGAGAGAAGGCAGCAAACUGACCCUGAGCAGGAGGGAACUAAAGGAGCUAAUCACGAAGGAGCUAUGUCUCGGAGAGAUGAAGGAGAGCAGCAUCUGCGACCUGAUGAAGAGCUUGGACAAGAACAGUGACCAGGAGAUCGACUUCAAGGAGUACUCGGUGUUCCUGACCACGCUGUGCAUGGCCUACAACGACUUCUUCCUGGAGGACAGUGAAUGACCAGGGCUUAGCCCCUUCCCCCAGGUCUCUGCAGCUCUCUGGACCCUUGCCCUCCUCUCCCUUCUGCCCUCCCUGCUUCAGCCUUCCCUUCCGGGGGGGAAAUAAAGAUUUUCCAU